CGACACCACCGUAUAGUUAUACCUUGCUAUCCCCGAAUCUAGACCAAACUUUCCCAAUUCUUGGCCUGUUUUGUAAUUAUCCCUUGCACCAGAAUCUAUGGCAUCCGCUGCACGUCAAGCCAACUUCACUGAAGAAAAUCUUCAGUAUGCAGAUGACAUCAAACCAACGCUGCAACCAACAGAUUCUAACCCUCAGAGCUUUUUGUACCCUGCGUACCCAGCACUGUCUCCGACGCCAACCAAGCCCGAACCUUCGCCGGUGAAGUACGAAGAUAUCCAACCUAAGCACGAAGUCAAAUACGAACCUCAAGUUGAAUAUGAGCCUAGCGACAACUAUCCUUUCCUAGCCUUCGCUUCCUCAAGCAUAACAGCCGCCCCAAGCUCUCCUCCAGUUGAAACUGCAUCACCUCAUUCGGCACAUGGCUCGCAUAUCACUCCAUCAUCUGAAUCCUUCUCCUGCCCACUGCCAGCGCAAGUGCAAUUACCUCCUCUUUUGAGCUCUCGGCCGGAGUAUCCGCAAUCCACAUGGCUCUAUCAGCCCACCUAUGAUCAAAGUCGCAGCCCCACUACGGAGGUAUUUUAUCAGCGUGAGCGUGGUGAUCUUUCCCAUUGCCUGCGGCUCAACCACCGAACAUCCUCACACGCGCAUCGCCUCUCUGGACCGUACGCCACGUAUGCCCCCGAGUACGGCUACCCGGCAGCGUCAGAUUAUCACUCACUAAAUGAAUUCGGCUAUAAUGAAUGUCGACCAAACACACACAGAAUCCUGUAUCCGCAAGCCAUCUACCCGGGGAAUGGCACAUCUCCUUAUAGUCACCCAGUGCCGCAUUCAACCACAGCACCCGACAGACCUUUCGUAUGUGAGAAAUGCGGAGCCCGCUUCAACCGAAAUCACGACCUCAAGCGACACACUCGCAUCCACUUGGAAGUUAAACCCUUUCCAUGUGGAUGGUGCGAGAAAGCGUUUUCUAGAAAAGAUGCUCUCAAACGACACCUCAUGGUCAUAGCAUGUUCAGGCUCUAAGGAAGUUUCGGUGGAAGAAAGCGUGCGCCGAGCCGAGCAAGUGCGUCAAAGAAAGUUCGAGUCGCCUUCUCCAUACACGGCGAACACGCCACCAGCUCCAUUGUUGGACAAAAAGGCGAAUUCACCAUGCAAUACUAAGCUGGAAAAACCCUUCCAUUCGAUCAGUCCAACCCCGAAGUCACACCACGGCUCGGCAACAGUUCACAGCCAAGGUCCCCAGAAAAUCCAUGCUAGUCCAAUCCAAGAUUCACAUUUCCAUCAUUAUGUUGCUCGUGAUCGUAAAUGUAGUCUCUCCGCCGAUAGUGUUUCCACCAAUGGGAGUGCAACUACUUGUUCCGCUUAACAAACCUUAACUUUAUUACACUUAUUUGUACAAAUUUCAAAUCAACAUUGGUAACAUAAAUGUUUAUACUUAUCAGUCAA